CCUCGACUAACUGGCAACUUUGUUGCGGGAACACACCCGAGAACGAUGUACACGUCAUGGGCACCUCACUGCCCAGAGUUACCUCGACCGGGGCGAUGAAAUGUGCGCUAUUCUCCGUCAUUUGUCGAACCCUGACGCAGAACAUCAUGAACGUCAUGCCUGAGCACUGUCCCGAGUCGCUGGGGUGCUAAGAGUGUCAGCAGCAAUGGGUGUCUCUCUCUCAACGGCCAAAUGGCUCGCGCCACUGUCCUUCGCUGUCGACUUUGCAGCCCAGAACUAUGGCAUGCUCAGCACUCCUAACAUGAAAGAUGUCCAUGACGCCAACCUGUCAUUUUGGUCACCGCAGCCCUUCUUCAUCGCGGGGUUCUUCUUCCCCCAGCAGCUUUUUCAGCUUGCUUGGCUAUGGCGCUUGUACAAAGCGGAUGUCAGCGUCGAGCCAAUGGAUGCGGAUAUUGGAACGAUGAUUGAUUUUGCACCAUUUUAUGCCAUUGGUAACCUUUGCAUCGCUACCUGGAUGAUCUUCUGGAACAGCUCGAACCUCAAGACUGCGAAUAUAUUUGUCACCAUCAACAGUCUAACCCAACUUUACUUCAUCUUCAAGCGUCUUCCGCCGAUGAACACAAAGUCGAUCAACUCGGUUCUCACUCACGUCGUUGCGAAGACGUUUGCCGGCAUCGGAGUCUUGGAUAUUCUGCACAACACAUCGGUCGCCUACUUCGUCCACCAGCAGCCGUCUACUACGUUGAAGGUGCUUACCGGCGUGGGAUUUGGGCUGUUGGCCAGUGCUAGUGAUUGGAUCUUCGGUGGCUGUCUUGUUUACGAUCUCCUUGCUCUCUCCGUUGGCCAGUCAGUUUAUGGCAAUGCCAAUUGGAGCAGGCUGCUAGGUAUUUUUGCCGGAGGUGCGGCAGCCAUUGUUGGUGCUCGGAACUUGUUGAAGCCUCCCUAUAUCAGUCAGCCUGUCGCAGGCUAUCAACCUCUGUAGAGCAGGGCAGGACAUAGAGGUUACAUGAGGGAGAAGCAUUGUACUCUUGCAUCUAGAGUGCUUCACAAAACACGUCCAUAUCAUGACCUAUGUAACAUUGCAGCCUGGCAUUUUUGAACCUGAAUUUCGCUUGAUUGGGCAUUCGACGACGUGCCGGUCUUUGCCAUAUUCUUGUUCCAGUUAUACCCGCCUGUAUUUUGCAAUGCUCAACAUGAUCCAGUUCUAUCUUCAUGCCUAGUUGGUCUAUGUGGUAUCAAUCAUAUGUCGUACACUAACACAUCACGUAUCCGCUAUAUUGCCCGCAUCUUUGCCCGAAUAUCUGCGUGAACGUAUAUCCGCAUGCUCAUAUACUC